GAACAUUCACACUCAAACCAAAUUCAUCAACCAACAACCAAACAUGUUUCAAAUCAUUUUCCUCCUCUCCCUUUUCCUCUCCAUUUCCAAUGCUUCUGUCCAAGACUUCUGUGUAGCAGAUCUCAAAGCCUCAGACACCCCUUCAGGCUUCCCUUGCAAGUCAGCCACAACAGUAACCGUAGAAGACUUUGCAUUUUCCGGCUUAAUUGAGCCAGCAAACGUAACAAACAUAAUCAACGCCGCCGUUACGCCUGCAUUUGUCGCACAAUUUCCAGGCCUUAAUGGCCUUGGUCUCUCAGCAGCUAGGUUAGACCUUGGUCCUGCAGGUGUUAUCCCUCUACACAGUCACCCGGGUGCAAGUGAGCUUCUUAUUGUGACACAAGGUCACAUCACUGCUGGAUUUGUUUCUUCAGCUAACACUGUUUAUAUUAAAACUUUGAAGAAAGGUGAACUCAUGGUUUUUCCACAAGGUUUGUUGCAUUUUCAAGCUACUGCUGGUAAGAGAAAAGCUGUUGCUUUUCCUGUUUUUAGUAGUGCUAGUCCUGGUCUUCAGAUUCUUGAUUUUGCACUCUUUGCAAGCAAUUUCUCUACUCCUUUGAUUGCAAAGACCACUUUCCUUGAUCCUGUUCUUAUCAAGAAACUCAAGAGUGUUCUUGGUGGAAGCGGCUAAUUAAGCCUUAUUUAUAUCUAUAUAUGUAAUUUAUUUUUCUAAGUAAUGCUUAUGCUUAUAAUAGUUGUUAUUUUAUUCAACCUAUUUUCUUGUAUUAUUUCUUCUUCUUCUUCUUUCAAUUCAUUCCCUAUCUGUAAUUGAAUUCCUUGUAUCAAUGUGGAGCAAUAAAUUCGUGAGUAUAUGAUUUUGUUUC